AUGGCAUCUAAGCUCGCCCCCAUGGCUUUCAGAAGCAGCAGCAGAGCUCUGCGCGUCUUCGCCAGACAACAAUCGCGCCGCUCGUUCGCCGUCUCUUCCGUCUCCCGCAGCGACUCGCUCUUCGUCCACCGCGAUUCACCAGAGAACAACCUCGACGUCCCUUUCACUUUCAACGCUCAGAAUGAGAAGCUCAUUGAGGAAGUCCUCAGCCGAUACCCUUCGCAAUACAAGAAGGCCGCCGUUAUGCCCCUCCUCGACCUUGGUCAGCGCCAGCACGGUUUCUGCAGCAUCAGUGUCAUGAACGAGGUCGCCCGCAGAUUGGAAAUGCCCCCGAUGCGUGUCUACGAAGUCGCUACUUUCUACACCAUGUACAACAGAGAGCCCGUCGGCCGUUACCACGUCCAAUGCUGCACCACCACCCCCUGUCAACUCAGAGGAUCCGACGGCGUCAUGAAGGCUAUUGAGGACGAGCUGAAGAUUCACCACGGCGAGACCACCGAGGACAAGCUCUUCACCUUCACCGAGGUCGAAUGUUUGGGUGCAUGCGCCAACGCCCCCAUGGUGCAAAUCAACGACGACUACUACGAGGAUCUGACUCCCGAGACAACAAAAUCCCUGCUCAAGGCUCUUAGGGAAGCUGCACAAAAGGCCGGUGCAAGUGGACAGGCUUCUGGUCUUGCUGGCGAGGCUGGAAAGGCUGAGGGAGCUGGAGGUUCUGGCACCGCCAUCCCCGAGCAGGGCAGAACCUACGCUGCACAGGGCGUCAAGCUUCCUUCUCCCGGUCCCCUCAGCGGCCGCAAGACCUGCGAGCCCGCUCAGGGUUUGACCAGCUUGAACAGCGAGAUGUGGGGUAAUGAGAAGCUCAGAACCGACGGCGCUCUCGACUAG